AUGGACUGCUCAGCGCUCUGCAUCAUUAUCAUCACUUUAUUUUUCCCACCUGUCGGUGUCUUUUUGAUCUCUGGCUGCGGUGCUGAUCUGCUCAUCAACAUUUGCUUAACGAUUCUUGGGUACUUCCCCGGUCAUAUACAUGCCUUCUACCUGGAAUACGUCUACUACCAUCGCAAGAAUCUUGGUGCGCAGGGGACCGUGUUCAGUAAGCCGGCGACUGGGGUCUACUCCGACAGGAUCCAGACGGGCGGACAUCGCGGUACUGCGUAUGGGACUAUGUGA